GGGGCGCGCCAGGCCGAGCCGAUGCGGGGCCUGGCCCGGGCGGCGCUGAGCGCGCGAUGGCGCCGCUCGCUGUGGGCGCUGCCGGCAAGGGCCGCCGCCGCCGCUUCGCCUCCUCCUCCCGCCGGAUUCUCGCCGGGCUCGGGAGCGCUGAACCCGUUCGACCGCCGGCUGAAGCGGAAGCAGAAGAACUGGGCGGCGCUGCAGGCCGAGCCCGCCAAGUGCGAUUACCUGAGGGAGGAGGUCGGCGGCAGGAUCGCGGACCGGGUGUUUGACAUCACCAGAACGUUUCCUCUUGCUUUGGACGUUGGCUCUGGAAGAGGUUACAUAGCUCAGCACUUAAACAAGGAAACAGUUGAAAAACUUAUUCAAGUUGAUAUCGCAGAGAAUGCUUUAAAAAAUGCUGUGGAAUCUGAAAUCCCGACGGUCAGGGUCGUAGCUGAUGAGGAAUUCCUUCCUUUCAAAGAAGAUACAUUUGAUCUUGUUGUCAGCAGCUUAAGUUUACAUUGGGUGAAUGACCUUCCUAAAGCUUUCAAAGAGAUCCACCAGGUGCUCAAGCCCAACGGAGUGUUCAUCGGAGCCAUGUUUGGGGGGGACACUCUGUACGAGCUGCGCUGCUCCCUGCAGCUGGCGGAGCUGGAGAGGGAAGGGGGUUUCUCUCCUCACGUGUCGCCCUUCACCGCCGUCGCCGAUCUGGGACAUCUGCUGUCCAGGGCUGGCUUUAACACCCUCACUGUGGAUACUGAUGAAAUCCAAGUGAAUUACCCAGGGUUAUUUGAGGUUAUGGAAGACUUACAAGGUAUGGGGGAGAGUAAUUGCUCUUGGAAUAGAAAACCUCUGCUGCACAGGGAGACAAUGCUGGCAGCUGCUGCAAUAUACCAAGAAAUGUACGGAAACAGCAAUGGCUCUGUACCUGCCACCUUUCAGAUCUACUACAUGAUUGGCUGGAAAUACCAUGAGUCACAGGCAAAACCAGCCCAGCGAGGUUCUGCAACAGUUUCAUUUGGAGAUCUGGCAAAAAUAGAAGGACUUCUUAAAACAGGAAAAAAAUAGUUGUUCUUCAGAAUAAUAAUUGUCUUGAAACUUCUAUAAAAGUUUUAAUUGCAGACAGUCUUCACUUGUGCUUAUUUAGUGAUGACAUCCUGAAAUGAUAAUAAAGUACUCUAAUUUGA